GAACUUAGUACUUGGCAAAAUUAUUUUGUUUUAACAUCUAUCUGCGUAAUUUAUCUUUAGUAUUGUUAUGAUUUAAUACAAGUGAAUUAGUUACGUUUAUAAGUUUUUUAAAAUUUCCUGUGACUAAUUUACACCUGCCCCUUUCACAUUGCGGUAACACAGAAGAUGAGGGGCGCAAUAGUACUUUGGGCGCUAUGCAUAGCAAGCUAUGCCGAGCCGGACGGAUAUUUCAAGCAACAUUACGAAUACAAGAGUUCUUCAUCGGCAUAUAAGAACAACGAACUGCAACACAAAAAGGACGAUGAAGGAUACUACUCCCGCCAUGGAGAUUUAGAGGGAAGGGCCGAACCUAAAGUGAACUCGUACAGUCAACAUAGCGAAUAUGUCAACCCCAAAUUACAGCACGGUCAAGGACAGAACCAGGCCUUGCAAAACAAUGAUUUCUAUCUCCAACAAACUCAUGGGGCCGGCCAAGGGGGGUACAGUACAAAUUGUGGUUCAGGAUCAGGAUGUAAUCACAACGCAGGUACUGGUUAUAGUACUGGUACUGCAGAUUACAGCUCGGGCUCUGGCUAUAGUAGCGGAUCCAGUUAUAAUAGCGGCAGUAGCUUCCAACAUCAGGCCGGAUCUACAAGUGCUAUGAGUAACGAUCAAGUUAGAGCGUUGAAAGAAUUGCAAGAUGCCUUAGCAAGACAACUACAACAAGCUCUGUAUGACCACCAGAAGCAUGCUUCAUCUAGUCAUUCGCAGGUUACUAGCGCAAAUACCGGUACUUAUGGAUCCAACACUAACUAUCAAUAUUUAGAAGACCAAUUAAGAAAUAACGUUACACAACAAUUUAAUGAUGCAAUACGGCAACAAUACCAAGGUCAAAUCAGUAACGACAGAUACAAUCAAUACCACCAACAAUUGCAAACUGAUUUGCUUCGUCAGCUACAAAGUGGUUCACCGACGUAUAACUCACAAAGUUCGCAAUCAUCAUAUAACACCCAGCAUAGCACAUCUUACGGACGCCCUGUAACUGGAGACUCUCACACGGUACAUCUUACCCCAGGAUCACAAAACACUAACUCCUUUGAUUCGACAAGGUAUGGUACCAAUACCCAAACAUACAGAAUACCACAUCCCAUACCUCUUACGGACGUUACGACUCGAUUAGAAGUCGACCUUCAAAAUAUUAUCAACAAAGCAGUACACAACAAAAUAAGUACGUACACAAAGACGUACGGCUAUCACUCUCAGCCAGAUUACAACACCGAACUGCAACGUUUAACAGAGGAAUUGCGAGCAAAUAUCACAAAACAACUAGACAGUGAACUUGUCCGCACCUACGGACGACAGGAACAGAGGGGUUCACACUUUUAUACUCUCACCACUACUGGACCAAAUUCUACUCCAAAUUAUAGAGUGGAUGAAUUAGAUCGCGUUCGUCAAGACUUGUACAAUAAAUUAUCGAGAGAAUUGCAAAUCCAAUUCCAACAGCAAUAUUCCCAAUACACACAAACUGUUAAUCAAUAUGCUGCAAACGCAAAUCGGCACUCGUCAACAGAAAACAGUGGCCAAAGUACGAACUAUUACGGAUCGUCCCAUUACCCUUCGGCAAACCCCACCGUUAGCACUUACCCACAACAAGUACACCAAUAUCAACCUCAACCCACUACCUUCGUGGUCACAGGCAACGCGCCAGCUGAAUUAAGGCGAGCGACUGAAACAAUCCACUUCGAUGUCUUCCGCAAUCUGCAAGAUGCACUGCUUGAACAACAAAGAAGAUACCUCAAACACCACAAUACUCAAUCAACGCAUGUUACUUACAACCCUCAAGAAUACCAAUCUACUCUACAACAAUUAACCAACGAAUUGAGACACAACAUUACUAAACAAAUUGAGAAACAGUUAUCGAUACAAUACGGACACCAAAUGCAGCAAGGUUCAAACUAUUACUCUGUUCUAAGUGGAGGUGGUUACAGCGCUGCUCCAAAUUACAAUUCGCAACAACUGAAUGAUAUUACACAACAACUUCAAAAUGAUCUGGUCAAACAGUUACAGACUGGUUUGUCGAAACAAUUCAGCUCAUACAGUAGCUAUAGUUCCAGUUCGUCUUACAGCGGACAAUCCGGCUACUCUACAAAUUCACAAGGUGGUAUAAAAACGCGCGGUAACUACGGCGGAUACAUGUCGGAUGGUGAAAUGAUGCAGGGCGACGACAAUUUUUAUAGAAGUCCUAAUAGAUACUCUUCACAUUAUACCAAUCAUUAUAAUGCACAUGAUCAAGAUCUCACGCAACAACAGGAAUACGGCCAAUCUCGUUACGGUUCCUCGUACUACACGAAUCGGCAAAAACCCGAUAACUUCCCACAAAAACCUUACAGCGGCAAAUUAUCUAAUUAUGACUCGUCGCAACAAACAGAAGAAGAAUUUGGACAGCUGCAAAUUGGGAAUCGGCAAAUAUCGCGUGGGCAAACCCCCUUACAAACAGCUCAUAGACCAUACGAUCAAGAAUUAACACAACAGCAACAGUAUUUUUCACAUCAAAAACCGCAGGGUCGCACGUUCAUUCACCAGACACAAGAUGUAAUUGGACAGAAACAAACAAAUGCUUACGAUCAAGAUAUGACUCAACAGGCUGAAGACGAAUUUAGUCAGUUACAAAUUGGAAGAAAUCAAAAACCUUACAACAAAAACAUAUACGACCAAGAUAUGACGCAACAAACCGAAGACGGAUUUGGCCAAUUGCAAAUAGGACAACACAAAGUACCGGAGCAGUCUCAGUAUAACAAAAAAGACGACCUAGAUCAACAAAGCGAAGAAGAAUUUGGACAAUUACAAGUAGGGCAACACAAAGUAGUAGAACAGUCGCAGUACAACAAAAAAGACGACCAAAAUCAACAAAGCGAAGAAGAAUUUGGACAAUUUCAAGUAGGACAGCAAAAAACAGUUCACGAUCAACAAAGUGAGGAAGAGUUUGGGCAGUUACAAGUAGGACAAGAGAAGGCACACGAAAAGCCAUACAGAAGCCAGCCGGAUAUGUUCCAACAAACUGAAGAUGUAACUGGGCAACUCCAAAUCGGUCAACACAAAGUGGUUGAUUUAGAAAAACAGACGCUCAAGCAUGAUCACGAUAUGAGUCAACAAACUGAAGACAAUUUGAGUCAAUUACAAAUUGGAGCGCCUGAUAAAAUAAUUGAUUCGACUCAACAACACCACCAAUCGUACAACCAACAAAUAAACGGGAAGGACAUGUACCAACAAACUCAAAACCAAUACGCACAAAGUGAAGAUGAAAUUGGACAAGUGCAAGUAGGCCAACACAUGGUACCACAGCAAAAUCAGAAACCGUACUACCAUAUGCCUGGACACAGUAUGUCGCAACAACCUCAAGAAGAAUAUGGCCAAGUGCAAGUAGGGCAGGCUCUUGAUGCGUACAAUCAAAGAACUACGGAUCAACAAACCGUAGGACAACAAACAAUGGUCAUGGCACAGCAAAAACAAAACUAUGGACAAGUCGCAGAGGAGCUAGGUCAACAAAAGCAAGAAUCGUUCAAUCAACAAACGGAAGACGAAUUUGGACAGUUGCAAAUAGGUCAGCAACGCCAAAAACCGCACAAUCAGAAAAUAUACGACCAAGAUAUGACCCAACAAACCGAAGAAGAAUUUGGACAGUUACAAGUAGGCCAGCAAAAUCGAAAACCGCACAAACCGAAUGUGUACGAGCAGGAUAUGACUCAACAAACUGAAGAGGAAUUUGGACGACUACAAAUUGGUCAACAAAGUCAAAAAACGUACGGACACGAUAUGACCCAACAAACCGAAGAUGAAUUUGGGCAGUUACAAAUUGGCCAACAAAGCCAAAAGCAAUACGGCCACGAUAUGACGCAACAAACCGAAGAUGAGUUUGGACAAUUACAAAUUGGCCAACAAAGCCAGAAAAUACACGACCAAAAAAUGUUUGGUCAAGAUAUGACGCAGCAAACCGAAGACGAAUUUGGACAAUUGCAGGUUGGUCAGCAACACCAGAAAAAGCACGAUAUAACCCAACAAACUGAGGAAGAAUUUGGGCAAUUGCACGUAGGCCAACAGAACCAAAAACCAUACAAUCCAAACAUGUAUGGUCACGAUAUGGUACAACAAACCGAAGAUGAAUUUGGACAAUUACAAAUUGGUCAACAAAACAAGAAAAAGUCUCGUGAAGAUAUGACGCAGCAAACCGAAGAUGAAUUUGGACAAUUGCAGAUUGGUCAACAAAACCAGAAAUCAUACAAUCAGAAACAGUACGAUAUGACCCAGCAAAGUGAAGAUGAAUUUGGACAAUUGCAAAUAGGUCAACAGAACCAAAAACCAUACAAUCAGAAAGUGUAUGGCCACGACAUGACGCAACAAACUGAGGAUGAGUUUGGACAAUUACAAAUAGGUCAACAAAGUCAAAAAUCGUACAACCGCGAUAUUACGCAGCAAACGGAAGACGAAUUUGGACAGUUACAAAUAGGACAACAAAAAUGGCAAAAUCAGAGACCGUACAACCGAGGUGGGGACAUGACUCCCCACACUGAAGAUGUUUUUGGACAAACACAACUAGGCCAACUGCAGGUGGGGCGAAAGAAAAACUCUGACUCGACUCAACAAGUAGAAGAAGAAUUCGAUCAGAUGCACCUUGGAGGAAAAUAUGCUGGAUCACAUCAAACUCAAGAUCAACGACAAAUAAAUAAAGUAAAUGAUCGCCUAAUUCAAAUGUUAAGUGAAAAGGUAAACAAACCACACGAACACGUUGAAAACUCUCGCAACGAUUUCGCACAGCAGUCAAAGUACAUUCCUGUAAGGGGACAGACCACGGAAGUUGAAUAUCCUCUUGAACCCUCUGGUCACAGGCGAAACACCUAUCGCAGUUCAUCGUAUACCAGCGGCAGUAGCCAUAGUUCAUCUUCAUCGAGUAGGUCCUCCUCCAGUUCGAGUUAUAAUCGCCAUUACUCGUCGAACAGCCAUCCCUAUCAUACGUCAUACGAUGUGUAAAUAUCAAAUUGAUAUAACAAUUCGUAUGAAAAGCAAUCAUUUGUCACCUGUCUUAGAUCAUUAAUUUACAUACCUUCUUUUGUAUAUUUAUAUAAAUUUUAAUAAAUAAAUUAUUAAUCGUA